UCAAGGUCAAAUAUAGAAGUAUAGUUAAUCAAGCUGGUCAUCGAAAUUCCCUGCCGGUUUUAACUAGUGAUGUAAAUCUCCAAGUUUGAGUUAUUUCAUCGACGCGUUUCAAGUACAGACGCUCGACAAUCCGCGUGCGUUUUAACGUUUGCUCUGUAGUUGCCAGCUUAAGACAUUCGCAAUUUCCCAAGUGCUUCCAAGUGCUUAGAACGAGCCCAACACGUCGGGGUAGUUUCAAAGUCUAAUUUUAUAAUUAUUGUUCACGGAGCAGUUAGUAUUCCGCUUACAAUGGUGCUAAUCAUCAUCGUUGUUAUCACCGCGGUAAUAACCAGCGCAACAGCGCUGCGAUCUGAUUACUUGUCGACACCCGCUUUUACCAUUCCUUACCAGGACCAUCAAGUUCCACUAUUCCGCGCCGCCGUCGAUUUCCUUUCCACUCCGACAUUCUACUACGCACCCACUGGUAAAAUCCUUCUCAAUGCCACGGAAAUCCUCCUGAACAACCAGACCGGCGAGCGCACUGUCGUGGCUGUCAUCCAACUGUGGGAUCACGCGUACACUGACUACUUGCAACAGUGGGCGCAGCGUGAAAUGCAGCGCUCAAAGGUCUUACUGUUUCCGGUACCGUUUAAAUGAUGCGUGUUGCGAUGCGGUCAGAUCACGGUCGCACAGUGGCCGUCAACGGUCGCUGGCAGCGCAUUGCGCACUUCCCACAACUAAUCCAAAUUUCCAUUCCAUGCGAGACUGUAGCUGACUGUCGAAACGUGCGAGAGUCUAUUCAAGCCGACCGCGAAGCUUUUGCGGCACGUCUGACGUUAUCGUUCAGGUUUCAGACACCUCAGAACAGAGAAAUUGCCUUCUGCAGUCAUCAGCAUCAUUUUCACCAUUCCUCGGUUUUCCACAGUAUUGUCGAGCAAAAAGCGGCGUAUGAGUAUGUUUUCCUCCCGGAAAUGGAUUAUCAAGAGUUGAUACAGGAAAUUGUUCAAAGCGCCAUCGAGGAUACUCUACAAACCGGUGAAUUCGUCGAUGAUGCUGAACUAGAAUUGGCUAAAAAACAGAUGGCUGCACUGUUGCGGUACAAUACGACAUCGAGUGCGGAAUUUACGGAGAACAUGUGGAAUGCGACGUACUGGCGGGGAGCAGACCGACGCCCAGAUGAGCAGUACAAAUACUUGACCGCGUCACUGGGUAGUCGCACCCAGCAUAAAACAAGGUCCGCGAAGAGUAGUACCCUAUCUAUUCAGCUCGACGAGAAAGUGGCACAUCUUGCCGGUCCGCUAGCAGAACUGGACGAAGGUCGCAGCGGUGUCGAGUGGAACGGCCGGGAGAUCUUUAUCAGACCCAGGACGAUGUACUGCUUAAAUCUGAAGAAGCUCCACGAGGAAGUCACCCUAGCGCACAAUAUUUCGGUACAUAUCAGCCGCCAUGACGCGGACUACACGGCGUCUGUAAGGGUAGGGUCGGGUGUCAGCCAACUCUUGCUCCGCGCGCACUCAAUUUACGCGGUGACCACUACCACGGCUGCCACCACUACCACCCCAAUCGCCGCUACCACCACUACAGCAACCACCACAAUACCAACUACCACCCGUGCGACUACGACGACGGCGCCUUGUCCCAUCCAACAACCAUGGCUUAACUUGGGUAAUAUCCCUAAAUCGAAAAACGGUAAGUUCGGGUUUUCGUAUUAUCGUUCAAAGAGCAACUUAAGAAACGAAGUCUCACCUUUUCGCAAUAAAAAAACUGAACGAAUUAAAAGGUAGAAGUAAUGCUACGCUAAUCCUUGAUUAAUGCUCGUAUACUUACAUUAAAGUUUUAACAAGCAUCAAGCAGAGCAUUCCAUCAUGAACUCCACAGAAUGUUGUCGGUGAACGAUAAACGGAGACAAUCAUUUCUGCUCAGGCUGCAGUGGUUGGAUACACGUGGACACGACCACGCCAGGUUACAUAAAAUCACCGAAUCAUCCUAGUAUGUAUCCCAACUUUGCCAGUUGUGCUUGGAUCAUUACGGCUCCCAGUGGUCAAAGACUAAAGUUGGCAACACAUCAUCACUUGACACUUCGCCCACAUCGCCGAGAUACGGGUGCGUCAACUCGGUGGAUGCCGUGGAAAUCUGCAGACUUGGCCUUGCUACAAUGGCGACACUUCCCGCCAGCAGUGGCCCGCUCUCCAGCGUUGUCACAUUUCCGGAACGAUGAUGUGGACAGCCGGUCCGACGCCAAACCAAAAUGGCAGCCAGUAUUACGCACAGACCAGCAGCUCCUCCCAGACAGCCAUAGAUCCAGGUGUAAGAUGUGGUAGACCCUGGCACCGCAUCAGCCGUUUCUGCAAGAAUACAACCGAGCGCAAAAUUAUUAUGGUGAAGAUGUGCUCUAAAAAAUUCGUUCACCAUUGUCUGGAUGUGGCAGCACAAGUUUAUCUGUACGUGGCGUCGAUAGCGAUGUGACCCGCACUGCAUUGCCCACUGAUAUUACAGGGAACCGCCCCCCUGCAAAACAAAUAUUUAUUUCGUUCCAAGUUAUUUCGUACCACGGAUGGAGGACACCAUACGAAAUGGCUACUUAAUAAAAUUUCUGUGAAAUCACAAACGAUUAAUUCGUUUUUUCUUCAGAGGAUUCGGAUGCUUGCAGCACGCAGGAAAACGGACGUUAGCGUGCAAGAAAACAAUGAUGAUCCGUAAAAUAUUAACCAUUCCGCAAUCGUGCGUUGUUAUAGCUAUGUUUAAUCAAUUUCUAUAAUAUAGAUACUAAGCGCUUCACUUCAAGUGAUCGAUAAUCCUCCUUUGAAGAAUGAAAAACUUAUUUUA